GGCAUCCACAAGGGAGCUCAGCCGCCUCGCCUGCCCUCCCCGCCGCCUCCACCUCCUCCUCUUCCACCUCCUCCGGCUGAGGCGGACGAGGACUCGUCCGGGGACAUAAAUAAAUAAAUAAUUCCAUUCACCCGGUGACAGCGAGGCGAACCGGCGGCGGCCGGCGGGGGACGGAUCGCUGCAGCGCCCACCCUGUGCCGGAGACCAGGAGUCACUCUUAAGAUGUGAUGCUUUCCUGUGAAACCUUAGACACAGGAAUCUUGGAAACCAAAGGACUCUAGGACUCUGUGCCAAUAGAGCUGCUUUAUAAUCCAGAGUCUGCUCUACCUCUCUUCCUUUGUAUUGCCUUCAAAUAUCACACUUCAAGCAAUAGUGACAAGGUUUAACAAUAUCACACAUAAUCCAAAGAAAUCUGUUCAAGAGAGCAUCUGUCAACAGGUUACUUGAAUUCCAAAUAGAGGAGUGGAAAUGCCACCCCCAGCAGGCUCCCCACCGCUGCAUCCACCUCCUGAUGGAGGAUGGGGCUGGGUAGUGGUUGGAGCAGCUUUUAUCUCCAUUGGAUUUUCAUAUGCAUUUCCCAAAGCUGUCACAGUUUUCUUCAAAGAAAUUCAGCUAAUAUUCAACACUACCUACAGUGAAAUAGCAUGGAUAUCAUCCACUAUGCUAGCUGUUAUGUACGCAGGAGGUCCCAUAAGUAGUGUUUUGGUGAAUAAAUACGGUAGCCGGCCAGUGGUGAUGGUAGGAGGUUUGUUAUGCUGUUUGGGAAUGGUCACAGCCUCUUUUAGUACCAGCGUAGUAGAGCUUUACAUCACCAUGGGAUUCAUUUGUGGUUUAGGUCUAGCCUUCAACCUGCAACCCGCCUUAACAAUCCUUGGCAAGUACUUCUAUAAGAAACGGCCUAUGGCGAGUGGCCUCGCAAUGGCAGGAAGUCCUGUUUUCCUAAGUACACUGGCUCCUUUCAAUCAGUACCUCUUUAAUACUUAUGGCUGGAAAGGAAGCUUCUUGAUUUUGGGAGGUUUACUGUUGAACUCCUGUGUGGCUGGGUCCCUUAUGAGACCUGUUGGACCCAAACUAACUACUAAGAAGUCUAAAAGUAAGGUUGGUGUAAGAGUGACUGAUUCGGGCAUGAAGAAAAGACAUAGGAAGAAAUCAAUAUGUGCAAAAAUUGAUAAGUAUUUAGAUUUCUCCCUUUUUAAGCAUAGGGGAUUUCUGAUAUACUUAUCUGGAAAUGUCAUUAUGUUUCUGGGGUUCUUUGCCCCCAUUAUAUUCUUGGCUCCAUACGCUAAAGACAAAGGAAUUGAUGAAUAUUCUGCAGCUUUCUUGCUGUCGGUUAUGGCUUUUGUUGAUAUGUUUGCCAGACCUACUGUAGGAUUCAUUGCAAACUCCAAAUUAAUCCGACCCCGAAUCCAGUACUUCUUCAGUUUUGCGAUUUUGUUCAAUGGAGUGUGUCAUCUCUUAUGCCCGUUGGCUGAGGACUACACAAGCCUGGUGAUAUAUGCUGUAUUUUUUGGCCUUGGAUUUGGGAGCGUUAGCAGUAUCCUCUUUGAAAGUCUCAUGGACCUUGUUGGCGCUCAAAGAUUUUCCAGUGCUGUUGGUCUCGUCACAGUUGUGGAGUGUUGCCCCGUCCUUCUUGGUCCUCCUCUUGCUGGUAAAUUGGUGGAUGAAACUGGACAAUAUAAAUACAUGUAUGUGGCCUGUGGAGCUAUUGUAGUCCUAGCCAGUGUGUGGCUGCUCAUUGGCAAUGCUAUCAACUACAGACUGCUCGCAAAGGAAAAGUUGAAAGAGACAACGAAGAAAAUACAUACACCUGAGUCCCAAGAAGCUGAAUCCUUGAAGGCAUCUAAAAGUCAUGAUGUUAGUGUCAAAAGUCAAAAGUCAAAAGGAUCAGGGGUUAAUCCCUCAGAAAGAGAAACUAAUAUUUAACAAGAAUCACAUCUCUGAUUUCAGUGUUUAUGACUUUCUUAGGAGUAUUUUUUUUUUCAACAUAUUAGAAGGUUUUUAGUUGAAAUGAGGAGUCAUAAGUAAGUAUGGAAAAGAGAUUUUCCUUAAUGGCAAAAUUUUAAAAAGUUUGUUUUUUAAAAUUUAUUUGGGCAGUUAAAUUUUGAGAUUAUGCAUAUAAAGAAUUCAUGCAGUGGGCUUAUGUCCAUACAUGACUCUGGCUGCGGUGGUUAAAAUGAUGUUAAAGUCUUCCAUUGACUUCCAUCUUGGUUGUAGAGAUCUGAAUCCCAAACCACUGGGUUAAGUAGUUACAAGGAGUAUGUUUAAUCCUGUAAGACUAUCCUCUCCACAUUUCAUUUUUUAUUUGAUAUUAAAGGGUGAAAUGGAAUUGAAGGAAAUGAAUUUUUCCCAAACAUACACACACUGACACUCACACACUACUUUACAGUGUGGAUUUUAAAGAUAAGAACAUGGGUGAAAAUGAGGGUGGCCUUAAUUUGAAAAUACAACUAACUGCUGCAAAAAAAAAGCAUAUGCCUAUAUGAAAUAAAUUUGAAAAAACUCCAUUUUAAACUAUUAUUUCUGAGCAUUGUCUGAUGUGAUUCAUGCAUGCACGUGAUUUCUUUGAGGAGGACCACAAGUACCUGGUGCUAGUGAAUAGAACCCUCAAAUAAUUUUCAGAAUUUACUAAUAUGUAAAUCAAAUUAAAAGCCUAAAUGACUCCUAGCAAUGAGCUGUCUAUUGAUUUUAAAAGGAUUUUAGUUAGUAAUCCAGAAAGUUAAUAACCAGGGACUUCUUUUAACCAAACUCAAUUCAGACUCGCUGUUAUACUGAGACAUCAAAGUGGAAUCAACCGGAAUCCUGGUUGACAGGCUUACACAUAGGCAAAAUUUUAAUUUUUCCCAACAUAUAGUGGUGAUCAGAGGGUUACUGUUAUCAGUAAUCCAUCUGAGUAAAGCUAAGAGUGGGAGGUGUUUAUAGUGAGCCCUCCAAGCUCUCUCAUUUCCCUCUCCUCCAUGACAAGCAAAAGCAAAAAACAGAAAUCCAAACAGGCUUUUUACUCAGCCACUGAAAGUAUCUCAUAUUAUAGGAAAGGUAGCACUUGAAAAUUCCACCCUCUACCGAUAAGCUUUCCUGCUGCCUGCGAGCAUAACUAAACCAGGAGACUUAAAAACGGCUUCUAGAACUGGAGGUUGUGUAUGAUUUGAUAUAUACUUGGAAAGUGUAGAUUUAGUUUAUAACUUAAGAGGAAGAGGCCUGCAACAUGCAAACCCAGGUUAAUUUAGCAGUUUCUCAUUUUCAUAACUAUAUGAAAACAUUUGGGACUGAAUCACUCUUGAAUACAGAGGCAUAUGAUAGAUCUGUGCAUUCAGAACUAUAAAUACCAUUUUGAGUAAGUACUUUUAAACAAGAAAGAAUUUAUACAUUAGGUAUAAAGUUAUAAAUAUUCACCUUUAUAAAUCUGAAGUUUAAAUUAAGGUCAUGAUUAAUAAAAAGAAUUUAGUUCUUGAUUAUUGAAGUAAUGUCAUUCUUAAGAUGUCAAAAGGAAUUUGCCGUUCUUACUAUUAUUAUUGCAAUAGAGGCAGGUGCUAUUCUUAUUUCCUUUAGGAUUGCACUUGGAUUCCAAGCAUUUGUGAUAGUUAACACUAGGGAUUUGAUUUGUAAACUUUAGGCACUGUUUAAGCAUGUGGCUCAUGUUUUAUUAGCAAGCUAUAUAAAAUUCCAUACUUCAAUUAACAUUCACUUUUUUACAUAAAGGUAUUUGUAUUUUUAAAAUAUUAACUAAAGCAAUAUGUGCCAAUACCAUAGGUAAAUAAAUCAGGGAAAAUGUGACAAUAUAUAUUUGUUCUUAAUUUAGUUUCACCCAAUCCUGAGUCUUGAAUGAGCUAUUUUCAUAUUAUUAGUGUUUGUAUUCAACUGUGACUUGUCAUAAAAAGUGUGACAUCAUAAAUUGUUCAGUAGCUUUCCAAUCUUAAAUGUUUCCCAAAAAGUGCCUUGAAUUCUCUGAAGAUACACAUUUAAAUUAAUAUAGAUAAUAGACCUCUGGGACAAGUAAUGAUCAUGGGGUUUUAGGGCUAAGGCAUAGUCCUUUUUAUCACCUGCUGGUGGGUGCAUUCCAGUGGCUUUCUCCAUGGAAGGAGGUUUAUUUACUUGCUGAUGAGGUUCUUGUCAAGUCAAAACCAAUUUGUAUUUGUUCUAUUGCUCUUUGAUCAUCUUUAACUUUUCAUUCCUAACACUGAUUAUAUUAAAUUGUUAAAAAAAGAAAGGGAAGUGAAACUGCACAUUCAAAGCACAUGACAUGAUGUAUACAGUCAUGCCUGACAGUAGCACUGCACAAAGUUACAAAUAUGUAUGCCUCUUAAUUCCUAUACAUAAAUGUUGAAAGUUAAAUCACAACACACUUGAAACAGUGAUAUAAACUCACACACAGUUUUCAGAAUUGUUUCAGGGUAAAAUAAAUGUUUCAAGUUGUUUACUGUCCCAAAUCCCUUGAACUUGUUAGAAUAUUUGUUGCUUGAGCAGAAUCUUUCAGAGAUUGAGAAGAAAAUAUCAACCUAGAACAUUUAUUAUUAUAAAGUUGCCUAAACGAAGGAGAAAAUAUAGUUGGCUUUCUCCAACAAUUAAUGAUUAGUCAGAAAGUAUUUCUUCCCCAAGGGAAUGACAGGUUAUAGAUGAUCAAGACACCGUGAAGCAAAGUCAGAAACCAUUAAAAUACCUUUCAGUCUAUUUUUCUGUUAUGGAAUUGUGCAGAAGGAAGGUUAUCAUAAAUCUGGGUACCAAAAUAAUUCAUGAUCACUGGCUAGUUUAAGUAUUUUUCCAUUUGUGAUAACAAGACUCCUCGUAUUUUUCACCAUUUAAUCUUAAAUGUUCCUUCACUAAUUUAUGAAUGCAAUAUGGGAUAUAGACAUGUCCUGACACAUGCCCGUCCUCUUUCUUGAUCCUUUUUGGAGCCAACCAGCACACAUUUAAGAGGCAGUUGGGUCAGGUUCUGGUGUCCUUCACAUUGGAAGACAGGAUGUUUUCUCAGUGUAAAUUGACAUGGCUCAUAAAUUUCACUUCUUUAGUACCAAGUUCUAAGCACCUUAUCUCAUGGGUCUCCCCUGGACACUAGGAAAUAAGUAAAAUAAUUCGGUUUGAUAGAUUUGAAUGUACACUUUAAAAAUCUAGGUAUUUUUUACUCAUCCGUCUCUGGCUGUACAUGGCAGAAAAAAAGACCAUAAGACGUAUGCUGAAAAUGUAAGUUUUUAUAUUGAUGUUAUAAAAUGUAGAGAUAUACUUAAUCAGUUAGUUGAAACUUAUUUUCCAUCCAAAAAUACCUUUUAAAAAAACCCUCUUAUAUGUACAAUGUUGCAGGCUUUUAAUAAAACAAAAUAAUCAUGAUUGUUAGGCUCAAAUUAAUAGGGAAAAAGGAUGUGAAGUGGGAAGGGAAUGGAUAUUUGUUUCCUGCAUUUUGCCUAUUUGAUAUUCAAAUAGAAUCAUAGGUAGAGGCUAUUGGCCUGAUAUAAUAGAUGAGUGAAACAAAACAAAAAACAGAUAUACAAAGAAGUUCACAAAUUACCCAAAGUUAAAAGGUAGUAUGUGACAGAACCAGAAGAAAAACUCAGGUUUACUUAAAAGCAGAAAGAGCCCCUAGGGUGUUCACUGCCAUGCCACCUCCCCCUAGAAGCUGUAGAUACAAUGGUAGAUAAAAUAUAGAUACAAAAAAAUUAAACACUAUGUGGUAAACCAAUUAGAUUCAACUGCAAUCUGUAUUAUGAUUUAUUUAGUGUUUAUUAGAGACUGCAUUUGCUAUAAGCUGAAUAUAUAAUUUCAAUUUGCCUGCUUUUCUAACCAAUGCAAAUUAUCCCAAAUAAUGGUAAUCAUUAUAUAAUAGCUGUAAUUGCUUCACUGUGACUUUUUUCAUAAAAAUAAUGAAAUAUUUAUAUGACUCAGGCAUAAUAUAUUUUCCCUGAGGUUGGGUUUAGAGGAAAAAUGCUAUUUUCUUUAUGGAUAAGUAAUUCCCAUAUUAGUUGCUACUUAUUAUGACUCAAAAAUAAAAAGUACUUACUAUGAAACAUUAUGUUCAGAAUUAUAGUGACUCUCACUUAUAGGAUUAUCCCAAGCUACCAAAAAUUUGUAAAAAUCUUAGGAGAUACAAAAGAUUUGGUUCAUCUACACAGUAUAUAUUUAUUUGCAUCACUUAAUGCAACUGCCACUACACUGUAACUAAUUUUUCAAGUUUCCUGAACACCUGGAUUGUUAUUCUCCUUUCUGUCCCUUUGUUCUACAGAGAGAACAAAUGCCAUUGCUUUUGUCUUCUUCUUCUAGACUUUUGGCAUCCUUAGAAUAUUGUUCUCUUUAGCUCUGUUUCAGAUGGUGCACUUCUAAUGUCAUACAUCUUUCACAAAGUCACUCAUGCUGCAUCUGGUCCUAUAUAUUGGGUUUGCAGCAAUGACCAUGUUCCUGGAGUCAUCAGUGCAUACUUUUGGCUAAGACCACUCAUCUUCACCAGUAAGGGAACUCAUGUGACUGUAGGCUUGAGGUUUCCUGGAUAAGGAGGGUGCUUAUAUUCUAGAAGAGUUUUUGUUAUUAAGAAUCUUCCUUAUGCAUGAUAAAUAGAUAACUGAAUAUGACUUUUAAGAAUCUAGAAAAACCGAUCUUCCUGUCCUUGACAUUUACUAUUCUGGAUGUUUGUAACUCUCUUAAAGUGCCUGAAAUCUUGAGAAACAAAUCUUACCAUCACAGCAUAGCAUCAUUAUAUGUCAUCCUGUAGGCUCUUUCAAUGCAAUUACAUCACAGAUACAUCAUAACAACUAGAUUCUUGCUAUGACAAUUCACAAUACCAAAGAGCAUCAAAAUCAUUGAGAUAAAAAUUGAAAUUACAAUCUUUACUCAUCCUACUUAUUUUUUAGGUUUUGAUUUCUACAUAUUUAUAUGCACGAUCUCACAUUUGAGAAAUGCACUUAAAACCUGAAAAGCCCAAUUAUUAGUAAUUAAUUAUAAUCUUGUAUAAUCAAAAUCACAAACUAUCUUUAUUGAUAGUUUUUAAAAAAUGAAUAAUUUGCUGAGUUCACAUUCUUUUUUGUAGUUCUGAUUUUCUCUUCUUUGUUAUCAAAUUGUACACUUUAGGUUUUAAUGCUUCACGAGGUCCUAUGAUCUGGUCUAUCUUAGUCUUCUGCUUUGCCUUCACUUUAGUUCACUUAUGUUCAGUUCAUGAAAGAAUUAUUAUAGCAAUGAGAAUCAUAACUUUAGGUCUCUACUUUAAGAGGAAAAGGAAUAUUGAAAAAAAGAAUUUUUUACUUUAGUGGGACAUAUGAAAACUUUUAGACCAAAUUAUUUAUCCCAUCCCAACCCCAUGCUAUGUACCUUCCUCCCCUCCUUUUUUUUCCUAUGCUUUUUUAAAUAAUUUUUUAAAAUUAUUUUUCUUUCAUCAUUUUUCAUAAUGUCUAGGCCAACUUCUUUAGCAUUUUUUAUCUAAUUAUGGACAUUUUUAGUGCAGCAUUUUUGUUUCCUUGGUGGGUUUAGUUAUAGCUCCACUACUUGCAUAAUCUCCAUGUUUUUCAGUCUUCAUGUGUUAUAGUUAAUAAGGUGAGUAAUAUUCAGGAGUAUUUCAGUAGGCUAUGAUUCUGUGACCAUAAAUUCAUUACCAUAUCAGCAAAUAUUUUUCUUCACAUGGUAAAAAAAAAUUUUUUUUGUUUCAAAUUCAAAUAUGGCAAAAUAAGCUAGAGAGCUCUGUAUGAAAACAUUGGCAUUCAACAUUCUAUUAAGACAUAAGUCAGUAAAAAGUUCUGUUCAGAUGAACAAAAGAAUAGGAUUCUUAUUGAGUAUGAAUUUCAGGGUGAAAUUUUCAAACAUAUUCUGUUUUAUUCUGAGUUUUUAGUUGUUUUACAUUUAUAUGCAUCUUAAGAAAACGUUUUUAAGUUAGACUCAGUUUAUAUAACUUGUUCAUUCGAGUACAAGUUUCUGAUAUAUUAUUUAAUGGACUUUAUUUUUCUGCCACAUGCUUUCUAUUUCUAACUAAAGCAUGAAUAUUUCUGGAUUUAGAGAGAGAGGACAUGUAAACUUUAUUUUCUAAGCAUUAUAUGUAAUUGUGUUUUGAUUUGUAUUGCAUUUUGGCUUUGAUAUAUUAAAGUUAGGUUUGUUAGAUAUCUGCAUUUUGACAGAAUAAGACUAGAGCAGGUAAGGUCUUUGCCUAAACGUAUACAUGUCCUCUGAGUAAAUGCAGACUUGGAAAGAGAACCAGGUCUUUUAACUUCUAACCCACUUUUUUUCUCCAUUAGCCAUCCUAUUUGUAAUAGUGAACUCUAUAGGCUAAAUACAUAUUUCUUGGAAACACAUAUUCUAAUCUUGAUAAAUCCUUUAUUUCCAAAAUGAAUACAUUUCUCCUAAUUGAAUCAUCCUUUGCAAAAUGAUGUUUAUAAAUGUAACUUGAAGAAUAUUUGCUGAUUCCCACAGCAGAUAAUUCUAAGUGAACUGGACGUAAUAACUACUGGGAUGAAUGAUUUUGCACAAUAUCUGUUGUUAUAGCAAUAUGUAAGUCAUUAAAAUAAUACUCAGCAGUAACUUGUUUAUAGAAUCCAUGUGUCCAUAUUCCAUUAAUUCCUUUUAUUUUGCUUAUGUUCAUAUUUUGUUUUAGAAGCAUCAUUCAGUCACUUCUUUUCUAAAAGUAUAAUGCCAGAGCACAGAGUGUGCAAUACAAGUUUGCUAAAUUAUUAAUUUGUGAGAAAUUUUCGCUAUUGUGUAACCUUGAGGAGAAGGGAAGACCCCAACCAUAUUUUUUGAUCUAAGAAUCUGAGGAUGAGUUAAUAGAAUAGAAUAAAAUCUAUCUCAAAAGUUCUUGCUUUUUAAAUGGUCAUUUCACCUAAAUACUGAAAUCUACAACAGGUGUCUGGCAACAGUAAGGCUACAGGUUCUUUUAUUUUAGAGAUACCAUCUACUUGCAGCCCCAUCUUAGCUAGAUCUUAUUUCUAGAUUUUUCCCUUUUGCUUUCAUUCAAAAAAAAACACUCCUAAAUAAAAUCCCUGGUGAAGGGAAAGAGUGGUUGCUAAUAGGAAUUCACUCUGUAAAAGUGUAAAAACAGGAAUCUGUACUCAGUAUUUGUUUGCUUAGUUCAUCAAGGAUAUUUACACUAAGAACAUACUUUAAUAAAAGUUUUGAUAAACUGAUGUGUCACAGUAAACUUUUUCAUAAAAAGGGCCUUAAACACACAGUCAGUGACAUGUCUGGAUGUGUUUAGUUAGAUUCAGCUAAACUGACAUCCAGAUGCUAAAUGUGCAUUGUCAUUGUGAUGGGGGGGUGGAGUCUGUAGCUACAGUGAGUACAUCAACUUAAUAACAUAAGAUUCUUUCUUCGUAAUGAUGGUAAGAAUGGCAUUGCACAUUACUUAGAUAUUAGGCAUAGAAAUCCCUCUUUUGAAGAUGGAAGAGCAGGAUCUUUUCAAAUAUUUGCUAAACUUUUACAUUCGAUUUGAAGCUUUUUAUUUAAAAGCACGUUCCUCCAAAUAUUUUAAACCAGCAUGUUGGUUAACAUUUCCUAGAAUGAAUAAUUCCCCAUUUUUAAGGAAUUUUGGAAAACAUUUCAUUUACUACUUAUAUUUCUUCAACACAUGUUUUUUCUUAUACCAUUAUUACAUUUGGGCAAAUAUUAAAAGUAACAUUAUUGGGAUAAAAGUUAUACAUAAUGACAUGUUUCUAAUAAGACAGACAUAAAGCAUUCCUUGGCAAUAGCUGAACUUAGAUAACUUUUGCAAGAAAUCUUUAGGGAUUGGAUUUAGGGGUUAAUCUAUAGAAUUAUUUUUUAAAUAUAAAUUAUAUUUUAGGUUGUAUUUUUAUGAUUUUUAAGUGAAAAAAAUUUAAAUGUAGUCGAUUUGUUUGUUCUGUAGGCAUCUUCAAGACCACUGAACAAAUGGUCACACUGUCACGUGGUCUAUCAACUACAAUUACUAUGUUAGUGAAUUAAAGAGAAAGGUAGCUUUGCUUGACACCAAAGGUGAUCCAAUCAGUUGUUUUUACAUGACCUAAAUCAUCACUGUACAUAUUUCAUUUUCUUAAAAAAAUCAAAAAGGUAUAAAAUAAUUAAUAUAAAUGCCUGUCAAAGUUUAAAUAUAGAACCCUCUUCUCUUUGCCUUCUUACAGAUGAAUGUAAAGUGACUGUGAUUUGAUCUUGGAAUAUAUAUUUAUGUUUGUACUUUUUGUACAUGUAGUAGUUCUGAACUGGGCAAAUAAAAUAUGUGGGACCAAAUUAACCAAAAAUGAAAGAACUGGUAUUUUCAUACAAAUAUGUAUUUUGUUUUUAAUAUAAAUAUAGUGUACAUUUAUUUAAAUCAGGAAUAUAUUAUAUUGUUGAUCAUUUAAAAAGUUUAUUUAAUUCAGUAUGUUCCGACUUCAUUUUUAAGCAAGCUUGUUUGACUACUGAACCAUUUACUGCCGAACUUUCGUUUAUACUAUGAUGUUAUACGGACAAAAUGUUUUAGAAAAAUCUCUAUUGUGGUCUUUAAGUUUCACUAUAUAACUAACUUGGAACCAAAUGUUGAAUUACUCUGUGGGAGUACAUAUUUUGCCUGUGGUUUUGAAUAUAUUUUCAAAUUUAUCUAUUUCUUACUAGACUGUGAGCUCCUUGUGGACAAGGAUAUUAUCUUAGUUAUAAUAACUUUAAUGCCUAGCAAAGUGCUAGGCACAAAAUAAAUCCUUAAUUGAAAUGAAUUGAUGGACCUAGAUUAUUAAAUGAUUACUACAGUAUUCUAUGAUGGAGAUUGAAUAUAUAUUAGAAAAUUUCUCUGGCUAAUUUUCAAAGGCUCAGUGUAUAUCAAGGGAAUUCUCUAGCUAAUUUUGAAAAAUGGGGAAAACAAACAUGUAACAUUUGCUUUAUCUUAAAAUUGAUACUCUGUUUUGAAGGUUUAUUUUUAUUUUGUCAGUAAACAUUCUAUGCAAAUGCUGAAAUAUGCAACAGCUAAACUUCAUGGUACAUAUUAACUAGUUUUAUUUUCUUUAGAAAAUCAGAAAUGCUCAACUUAGGCUUCCUGGAAAUAAAUGUUGACAAUCAUUUUAUUAACCAAAGGUGCUACUUGUUUUCCAAUAUUUACCUUGAUCAUAAGUGCUCCUGUCUGCUGAGCUUUAUUUCUUCCUUUCUGGGGGGAGUUGCGGGGAGAGGAGUGCAAAAAAAAUUACAUCUUUUUUGUCUGAAUUAUGCAAUUUAGCACUGUAUGUGUUCCUUUGUACUCUAUUAUUAUUGUAUUUUAAUUAUUAUUUCUUACUGCUCACUAAUUUUUAUUUCAGGCCUAGGCUGUUUCUUAGAAAGUAUAUGCAUGUAUAUUUAUAUAAUAUGUAAGAAAAAAACCUGUAUUUCUUAUUAACUUAAAAUUAAAAUGACGAAUAAAUGUUUAUGUUAAACUUUGAAAUGAAAUCUGCAUUGCUUUUUUU